UGCUUUGAUGGACUGAGUCCUCCUCCCCUGCCUGCCAGAGAAGGUUCUCUGCUGCCCUUCGCUGCAUGCCAGCCCGGCCAGGAAACUGAGGACACCGCAGACUCAACUUCAGGACGCUUCUUCUGCACAGGAACGCGCUCCUGCCGCCCCUAAGGCUUCCAGAACCCCUGACGUGGGCGGCCCCCAGUACCACCUCAUGUUCAGGGCAUCUUACUAGCCAUGGUCCUCCUCCUCAGCUUCCUCCUGCUGCUGGGCCUCUGUGAGGACACCGUGUCAGAGGAGCCGUCAUCAUCCGGGUACCGUCCUGCUGAUUUGGAGUUCCAGUUGCCUUCAACCCCCUAUCAGACCAGCGACUCCUACGAUCCUGGUCCCGCUGGCUUCUUCUUUCACAUUGUGCGCCUGUUUGUUCACGUUGUGCAGCCCAAUGCUUUCCCUGAAGAUAUUUUAAGAAAUAUUAUACAGAAGAAGUUUGACCCCUCAAAGGAGUAUGAUAAGCCAGAAAACGUAGUCUUGACUCUGAAGAUUAUCUACUAUGAGAUCGGGGUUAUUAUCUGUGCUGCCCUGGGAUUGCUGUUUAUUAUUCUGAUGCCUCUGGUGGGAUUUUUCUUUUGUCUGUGUCGUUGCUGUAACAAGUGUGGUGGAGAAAUGAACCAGCGUCAGAAGAAAAAUGGUCCCUUCCUCAAGAAGUAUUUUACAGUCUCCCUCCUGGUGAUCUGUGUGUUCAUGAGCAUCGGUAUCAUCUAUGGUUUUGCGGCAAAUCAGUACAUGAGGACUCACGUGGAAGAGACUCGGAAAUUGUCAGACAGUAACUUCAACGACCUGAGAACUCUCCUGAAUGCGGUGCCAGGGCAAAUUGACUGUAUACUGGAGCAGUAUACCCGCACUAAGGAGAAAGCAUUUGACGAUCUAGACAAUAUUAACUUGUUGCUGGGAGGCAGCAUUUAUGAGCGUCUCAAACCCAAAGUGCUCCCUGUGCUGAAGGACAUCAAGGCCUUGGCAGAAGACAUGAAAACUAAUAGAGCUACCCUUGCCCGAGUGAACACUCUCUUAACGGACAUGAAGCAGUCGUCUGCACAUCUUCGCACCAGCCUGAGAGACAUGAAAACGAGCAUGGAGCAAACACUCACGGAUCCCCAGUGCUCCUUUCCUGUAACGGCGACCACGUGCGCCAGCAUCAGGCAGUCUCUGAACGUCCUGGAUGGCAGCGUCAAUUUUGAUCAGCUCCCAUCUUUGGAUGGACACAUUGCUCAGCUUGAUGGACUGCUUCAAACAGAUUUGUCCGGCCUGGUCCAAAAGGCCAAUGACUCUCUUUCUGACAUACCUGGGGAAGUGAAAAAUCAAACCAGGGACUUCAUAUCAGAGUUUAAAAAGACCUUGAAUUCCAUUCAAUCUGAUGUCAAAAAUGUAAGCACAAAGAUUCCUAUUCAGAAGACACUGUCGAAUUUCGUCCGUUACGUUAAUAACUCUGAAGAUUAUAUCCUGAACUAUUUACCCACUGUGGAAAAAUGCAAUUCAUACAGGUGGCUCAUUUGCUUGACCAUCUGCUGCUUGCUGACCCUCAUCUUGAUUUUUUACCUCCUGGGCUUGCUGUGUGGCACGUUGGGCUGUGACCAGAAUGCCACCCCAACCAACCGCGGCUGCGUCUCGAACACCGGGGGAGUCCUCCUCAUGGUUGGGGUUGGAUUCAGUUUCUUCUUUUCUUGGAUAGUCAUGACCAUCGUGGUGCUGACUUUUGUCACUGGUGGAAAUUUGGAAAAUCUGGUUUGUGAGCCUUACAGAAACAAGAAGUUCUUCCAGAUUUUGGACACUCCAUAUUUACUAAAUGAGGAUUGGGAAUACUAUCUCUCUGGCCUAGUACUUAACAAACCAGAUAUUAAUCUCACUUUUGAACAAGUUUACAGUGACUGCAAAGAAAAUAAAGGCCUUUAUGCAACACUUAAGCUUGACCACAUCUACAAUGUCAGUGAAGAGCUCAACAUUACAAAGCAUACUGGAGACAUAAAUAGUAAUUUGGAAAAUAUGAAUUUAAGAAUUAACGAUAUAGAACUGCUGGAUAAAACAGGAAGGAAAACCCUUAUGGAUAUCAGCUCUUCGGGAAUAGGCAAAAUAGACUAUGCUGCCUACAUAAACGCGACCGAGGGAAGUCCCACGAGAGUAAAUCUUAUGUCGUUUGCAGACAAUCUCCAAAGAAAAGCCAACCAGCUGCCCCCAGGAAAUUUUUUUAAUUGA